CCCUCUCCAUCCCUUCCUCUACCCCUCCCCCUUACUCUACCACCUCCUCCUUCUCCCUCUCCCCCUCCCCAUCCCUGCUCCCUGUCUCUCGGUAUCUCCGGUUCCUGCUGUCGGGAGUGCAGCACUUUUUAGCGCGUGAGGCUCAAUGGCGACGCCUGUCAAGGAGGACGAUGUUGAUGUCGACCGGCGGCCCAUCCGGAGAGCUAGAUCUAAGAGUGACACCCCCUACCUCGCCGAGACCAGGCUCUCAUACACCCUACAGACAGAGGGGGCAGAGAGACUAGCUGCGAUGCGUUCUGAUUCGCUGGUGCCCGGCACUCACACUCCUCCCAUUCGUCGGCGAAGUAAGCUAGCGAGCCUGGGUCGACUCUUCAAGCCAUGGAAAUGGAGGAAGAAGAAGAGUGACAAGUUUAAACAGACAUCUGCAGUCUUGGAGAGAAAGAUGUCUACACGGCAAAGCAGAGAGGAGUUGAUCAGGAGAGGAGUGCUAAAGGAGGUUGAGGAGAAUGACGAGCAAACAGUGGAAAGUGAGCACAUGUCUGAGUUGGACAGACUGGCAGUGAUUAGUUCUGUAUCUGAGGCCCAGGAAACAAAUGGAGAAGGAACAGAAACCGAGUCGUCACAGUUGUCAGGGGAAACAGGGGUGUGUCUGGCAGGUCUCACCCCGAAGCCAGCUCCAGCCAUGCCUCCUAUGAAAGGCAUUCCCCUACCAAGCAAUGGCAUGGAUAUCCCCCUGAACAAACCAUUAACGCUAAAACAACCACCUGCCCUACCUCCGAAACCAUACAGCAGAGUACCCAACCACUUAACAGACCCUUUAGGGAAAUUCUCCCCACCACUUCCCCCCAAAAAAGUGAUGAUCUGUGAGCCGGUGCAGUCGUUCCAGCUCAGAUAUCCACACCCUUCAUCCAUGCACACACACUCCCUAACCCACACACACCCAUUGCAGCAUACCACACUCCCGCUUUCCAUCCAUCCCCCGAGCCGCAUCAUAGAGGAACUUAACAAAACUCUUGUGUUUACCAUGCAAAGACUAGAAAGUUCUGUACUGCAGGCUGUACCUUCAGUGCAAAUGGAAAGUGAAGAGGAGAAGGAGAACAGAGAUGCAGCGCUCCUUCUUCUGCCCAACACCCACACACUGACACCCAACGCACGCAUGUACAUCCCACCCAUGCAUGAAGAAGAUGAUGACAACUAUGAGGAGGAAGAAGAAGAAGAAGUAGAAGAAGAAGAAGAAGAAGACGAGGAAGAAGAAGAAGAAGAUGACGACUCGUUUUUUACAAGUACUCUGGCUUUGAGGAUCCUAAGGAAAGACUCUCUUGCAAUAAAACUUAGUAACCGACCUACAAAGAGAGACCUGGAGGACAAGAACAUUCUGCCUAUGCUGACUGAUCAGGAGAGACUGGAGUGCAGACAGCAAAUUGGCACUAAACUCACACGGAGGCUCAGUCUAAGACCAACAGCAGAGGAGCUUGAGCAACGAAAUAUCCUAAAACCGCGAAAUGAGCAGGAGGAACUUGAAGAGAAGAGGGAGCUCAAGAAAAGGCUGUCACGGAAGUUGAGUCAAAGGCCAACAGUUGAGGAAUUGAGGGAGGCGAAAAUUCUAAUUCGCUUCAGUGAUUAUGUUGAGGUGGCUGAAGCUCAGGACUACGACAGACGGGCAGACAAGCCCUGGACUCGCCUUACUGCUGCAGACAAGGCUUCAAUAAGGAAGGAGCUCAACGAGUUCAAAAGCACAGAAAUGGAGGUGCAUGAAUUAAGUCGACAUCUAACCAGGUUUCACCGACCAUAGUGCUGACUGCUGGGCAGAAGCACAGGGCAUUACCAAUGACUAAUUCACCUCUGGGAUGUACUAAGUCUAAUGUGCUGGGAUCAAUCUGUGCAAGUAUUAACUUAUCACAGAGACUAUGUUGCUCUCCUGAUCUGAGAUUAGGAGAAGAAUCAGGUGCCCACAGUUCCACGGUGACCCGACUUGCCUACUGUAGAUUCACCUAUCGAUCCCUGACCAAUCUGAACUGUCAUGACGUUUGUAAAGUGUGUGUGUGUGUGCGCUAACAUUUGAAAUAUUAUUUUGUUCUCUGGCAGAACACUUCAAUAUUCUGUACCAGUGUUGGAUUAAACAAAUGAGGUGGGUUUAAAUUUGUGCACGUGGCCCUGUAACUAUUCAUCAACCCAUUUUUGUACCCAUGUAGGUGUCAAGCAAGAAAACAAUGAAGAAAACUUAUUAAAGAAAUCUAUAAUGUUCGAAAACAUUUAUAAGUAGAUUUAAUUAAAUACCUUAAUAUACUUUUUGGUUCCUUUUUCUUUUUAUCUGGAGUCAAGCAGUGAUGCUUAAAGCAAUUUUUUUUCACAAACAAAAUAAAGCCAAAAGAAUCCGGACGUUUCCGUCGUCUCGCUCCGGCCGUUACGAGCGAGCUCCUGUUUGACGGUCGCGCCAAAUAAUUUGCAAGCAAUAAUCUGUGUCAUUGUCUUGAAUGUCUGGUUUUGACAAUUUGGAUUGUGUCUGUAAUAUUCAGUAUGAGGGAAUGCCAGCGCCUUUGUACUGUUUUUGUCUAGCAGUGCACACUUUUUAUUACAUAGGGUACUCGGAUGCGGCGAGGUAAAGAUUAGGACUUUACAAGACCAUCAUUCAGUAAUUGUGACGAAAUAAAAUUAUCUGUAUCGUUUCGCUCGUUUCAUAAAAACCGGUUACGGUGUACAAAUGUGUCACGAUAUGUUUCUAAACCCUUUCAACUUCCAUGCGGAUUUGGAACGGUGUGUUUUUUUUGUUUACAGUCUUUACCCUGAUGCUCCUCUCCUGCUGCUAUUAGCCGAGAGAUUUAACGAAAGGAGGAGGCGCAUGACUUUGUGAUGUAAAGAACUCUUAUUAAAAAGCUGUUUGAAAUUCGACACGGGGGCUAAAGUAGUUUCUAACUCAGAUCUUUUUUGUUCAAUUCUUUUCCAAAAGCAGCAUCCCAGCAUCUGUAGCGUGUGUCACAUGCAAAGAUUUUCACCAUCGCAGAUACUAGAAGAAAAAAAAACGAAUUGUUUUCAUCCCAAACUGUAUUCCGAAUACAUCUAUUUCUUCGACGGAGCGGGAUUAUUAAAGAGAGAGUGUGCAGCGUGUUGGAAAUUAGAACGAAAUGCACUCGUAUAAUAUAAUACUAAUGAUCUUCUAUAAUCUUCUAAUGUUACUAAUAUUAAAAAAGA